AUGGAUCCGCGCUUCCGCGCACUCUGCGUGACUUUGGUGCUGGCGUCUUUCGGCCGCGGGUCAGGUGCGCUCGGCCCGGUGGUCAGGUGCGAGCCGUGCGACGACGGCGCGCGCCAGUCCUGCAAGCCGCUCCCCAAGGACUGCGCCGAGAGGGUCCGAGAGCCCGGCUGCGGCUGCUGCCUGACGUGCGCGCUCAGCUUCGGCCAGCCGUGCGGCGUGUACACCGGAAGGUGCGGCGCCGGGCUCUCCUGCCAGCAGCAGCCGGGCGAGACCAGACCUCUGCAGGCGCUUCUGGAGGGGCGAGGGCUGUGCGCCAACGACUCGAGCGCUCGACGGCUCGCGGAGAGACCGGCGCCUCCGGUCAAUGAACUGCCAGCAGAGACCAUCCAGACCGAGGACGAGGAGCGCAACUUCACUGGCGCUGUCCACCAGAAGAUGGACGCCGCCCACAGCAGACCCACGGGACCCGUGAGCUCGCUCCUUAACCCCUUCCUGCCCUCCGCCAAGGCCGAAAUCCUCCGACGGGAGCAGCAGAAGAGAACUACGAGCUAUAAAAUGGAGGAAGUGCCCGGACCACUCCUGACAGACCAACAGAACUUCUCCCUGGAGAUCAAACCGGAGCCCGAGUAUGGUCCUUGUCGGCGAGAGAUCCAGAGCAUCCUCAGCGGCCUCAAGAUUACAGACAUCCUCAACCCCCGAGGUUUCCGCAUACCAAACUGUGACAAGAAAGGCUUUUACAAGAAAAAACAGUGCCGUCCGUCCAAGGGCAGAAAGCGAGGCUUCUGUUGGAGCGUGGACAAAUACGGGCAGCCCUUGCCAGGUUUCGAUGGGAAGGAGCGAGGAGUCGUCCGCCACUUCCACUCGCCGAGCCAAUAGGAGCCCCGAGGGCCGAGGCCGAAGAUCUGUAAACAAGCACAGACGCGACCCAGGAUGUCGGGAGAGCGCCGAUACGUGGACGUUUGCGCUUUCUAUCCGUGGGACCUUUUUACACAAGGGACAAGAUGGAUUCUUCUGGAACAUUUCCGACCAAGAAGAAGACGCCUUGAGCAAACGCUCCCUCAAGCUGACCAGACGGGCAGUUUUGCCGCCAUGACGAUAAUUAUAAACCUGCAAGCGCAACGAAUGACGCCUCCCACCCGUUUUCAUUUUGUGGGAAUCGUCAAACUUUGAUGCCAUGUGCACGUUACAUGUUGUAGGCAACGACAACAAAAAAAGUUCCUGUUGGGACUCAUUUGGGCAAAUUCUUUGGAAUUCUUCUCACCAAAAUGGGAGGCAGCCUAUUCAAGCAAAUUUGCAUGCACGAGUGAGACUUUUCCUUUUUGCCUCCUCUAACAAACUUCUUCUUCUUUUCCUUUCGGCUUGUCCCGUUCGGGGUCGCCACAGCGUGUCAUCUUUUUUCGAAUCCAAGCCGAAUCUCGUGCAUCUUCCUCUCUUAACACCCCAACUGUCCUCACGUCCUCCCUCACAACACCCAUCAAUCUUUUCUUUGGUCUUCCUCUCGCUCUCUAUUCCUUGGCACCUCCAUCCUUACCGUCCUCCUACCAAUUUACUCACUCUCUCGCCACUGAACAUGUCCAAAGCGUCGAAGUCUGCUCUCUCUAACCUCGUCUCCAAAACAUCCAACCUUGGCUCUCCCUCUAAUGAGCUCAUUUCUAAUCCUAUCCAAGCGAGAACCUCAACAUCUUCAUUUCUGCCACCUCCAGUUCUGCUUCCUGUUGUCUCUUCAGCGCCACCGUCUCUAAUCCGUACAUCAUGGCCGGCCUCGCCACCGUUUUAUAAACUUUCCCCUUCAUCCUAAGCGGAGACUCUUGUGUCACAUAGAGCACCGGACACCUUGGGCCAGCUGUUCCAACCUGCUUGGACCCAUCGAAUCCAAUUUUGAUCACUGAAAGUGGUAUUGGGGCAACAUUUUUUUCAAACUUUCCCAGCUGCGCUCACGAGUGAGUCUGAUGAGGGUCGUAUUCAUGAACCCAACAUUUAUAGAAACAUGCGCUUGCAAAACUUGACGCAUUUGCUAGCGUGUGCUAACCAACAUGAAGACCAGAGCGCUUUGCAUGCAUGUAAACAUUUCCUCAACUUUCAAAGGAUCAAGACUGAGAGAUCUGGGGGGCAUCUUUGUUUUUGGAACUCUCAAAGACAGUUUCACAAACAUGCACAGGUUUGCAGCAAUUGGUGUUUUGGGCCUGUUCAGCUCCCCAAAUUAAAAAAAAAAAAACAAAAAACAAAAACCUGAUUUAGUAACAAUAAAGACAACAAACCCAAGAUGGUCUUCGCACCGCUUGGGUUUUCGCUCCCAAUACGUACAUCGUAAUGACAAACAUGCAUUUGCGUUGCUUCUCUAAGAGAAGCGGGUGUUACUCAGGGAGUCAGCCGGUCCGAUGCAUCCGCUGACCUAAAAAAGAAAAAGACUGGAUAGCGGCAUACACGUCGAGCGGUAUGUCGACUGGUUGAAGCCAGUUGGCCGCCAUCUUGGUAGUCCCAAAACGUCUUGACAGAUUGGAUUAUGGCGGGCGUUUUCCCAAACUUUGGCUUGUAGAAUUAAAACUAGUCACGUGAGCUUGACAUUUCUUCCCUUCUGGUAACAUGAACGAUUUUGAAUUCGACUCGGUAAGCCAAAAAAGAUUAAGUGCAAAGGAAAGACAUUGAACACCGGGACCACCGAGAAACCUUGCAUAUUACCAAGGGCCCGAUUUCCGUGACACGUUAACUUUUCCCAAAAUACACCGUGUAGUACUAUCAUCAGAACAUGGCAAAAAAAAAACUACGAUUUUUUUGUUAUAAAAACAUUAAAUUUUACGUCAAUCAGUCCGAUAUAUUUUUGGAAAUAAGGACUCGCAAUGGGCAAAUACAUGCUAACCGCAUUGUUCAUUUCUCGUCUCUGCGACGUCCCAUUUCAGACGGAAAAUUUCAACUUGUUUCAUCACAUUUGAAAAUCAAAUUCAAUUUGCAGAGUUCUGCCUUAUGAAAUUCAUCUACAAUUUCACAGAAAAUGUGCUUUCUUGCUUAUCCACCGAUGAAGUUUGGGAAAAUAUUGACAUGGCUUUUUCGCGAAAAACCGACGGCCUGUAAAAGGUGAAGCGGCGAGUGAACAGUCAACAACAACAACCGGAAACAAAAAUUUGUUCAAGUGAAUUAAGCUCAUCAGAAAAUAAAAUAAAUAAAAAAAAAAAAAACAUUUACAAACAAACUUGAACAAUGUCAAAGUAAAUCUUUCUAACUUACCUGUGGAAUGUUUUCUCGCAGCCACGAAACUGGUGAUGAACGCAGGUCGGCACAGGUCGUUUUGGGAGGAUCAAGACGGCGGAUGGCGACUUCACUUUUGGUGGCCAAGGAGCCAUCCAGUCUUUCUUUUUAGAUCAGUGGAUGCAUCGCGGUAGUUAGCCCAGAAAUGAGCACAACUGUCUCUUAUUAAUCAAUAAUGCCAAUAUGUAAUCAAGAUGAAAUUGAGAUAGAGCUCGCAAAGCCUUAAUUGUGGUCAUCAUUGUUUGGGGUCUGAGUACCUUUCUACUGGGUCAUCAAACUGGCACAAAAGAACUUUGGACCCAUUCGUAUAUUAAGUAAAUUACCAGUGAGAUAUGUACAGUGUAUGUUAAUGUUUUGGGAAAACAGGUCAUAUAUGUUUUUGUUUUUUUUAAAUGUGCUAAAAACAAUUUGGAAACCCCGCUUGAGGUAACAACGUAGCUUGCAUGUACAGUACAAGGCAAGCCUCAAAGGUUUAUUUUUUACUUAAUAAAGGCAAGAUGA